AUGGAUAUUCCUAGCGAGCCACCUAGCAAUGUGUCACAUAUGCGAGCACAGGCACAAGCGCCUCGUCAUUCAAAGGGGAGGGGGACUGCGUCAACAGCUAAAAGAUUUUCCGCUGACUUGGACACACGAGACGUUGUUAGAUGGUUCGUAGGAAAAUCUGAUCGACAAGAUCGUUUACUCCGCGUCAUUAUUCAGGACAAGAAGGAGGAAUUGAGCGUGAUGACACUUAUACUUGUGGCACCAACCCUAGUUUUCGUGGAGAAAUGCUAA